GCAAGCGUGGCUAAUCAAAGCACCAAAAGGUAAGCCGUAAAGGCUGUUUAUUUUUGGGUUUUCAUUCGUCCUACAAGGUUUUUUCUCGAGUAAUGUGCUUCCUGGCUGUGUCGGACUGUACAUCGUGUUUGAAAAUCAGUUGACGAAGCAGCAAUGACCACGGAAACGAAAAUGAGCAGUUCUGAGGAGGUAUCCUGGAUUUCGUGGUUUUGCAAUCUCAGGGGAAAUGAAUUUUUUUGUGAAGUUGAUGAAGAUUAUAUCCAGGAUAAGUUUAAUUUAACCGGACUAAAUGAACAAGUACCACAUUAUAGGCAAGCAUUAGAUAUGAUUCUUGAUCUUGAACCUGCUUGUUUUUAUUCUGUAGAUGAUGAAUUGGAUGGCCAUCCAAACCAAUCUGAAUUAAUUGAACAAGCAGCAGAACUACUUUAUGGAUUAAUUCAUGCACGUUACAUUCUUACUAAUCGUGGCAUUGCUCAAAUGAUUGAAAAAUAUCAAUCCGGAGAUUUUGGUUAUUGUCCACGUGUAUAUUGUGAAUCCCAACCUAUGUUGCCUCUGGGUCUUAGUGAUGUUCCUGGAGAAGCAAUGGUUAAAAGUUAUUGUCCCAAAUGUAUGGAUGUUUAUACACCAAAAAGCUCUAGACAUCAUCACACAGAUGGAGCAUAUUUUGGAACAGGAUUUCCCCAUAUGCUUUUUAUGGUUCAUCCAGAAUAUAGACCCAAACGUCCAACAAAUCAGUUUGUACCUAGGUUAUAUGGCUUUAAAAUUCAUCCUCUAGCAUAUCAGUUUCAACAACAAUCUGCAUCAACAUUUAAAGCACCAUUGCGAGCUGUUAAUUAUAAUAAUGGAAAACGUUAAGAAUAUUGCAACAUAGUCUAGAACAUUUUUUCAUUACUUAAAAUACAAUUCCUAAUUUCGUCCCUAAGGAUUAAAUAAAAUAUUAUUUUUUAUAUUGAUCUUUACACAUUUUAGCAAGGCGCUGAAAUACCAAUCGUUUUGUUUGAUCAUUUUGUAACUAAAAGUUUGAAUAUGGCAUUCGAUACUUUUCGGACUUUUCCACGGUAUUUAUAUGCCGAAAAGAUUAAAGAGUGGUAUAUCAAACUGCCAAUGUUUACCAAGCGCCAUGUUCAUUUUUAUUUCAGCUUUAGUAACAAUUUUCUUUUUGUUAAAAAUCAUAUUUGUAUGGUUAUAUCAAUUCUGGUCGAGUGAAAUAACAAAAAUGAAAUGCAUACAAAACAUAAUUACUAGGGACUAAAGAUGCAAAAUAAUGAUGAAGUAUAUCUGUUUAAAUGUUUUGCAUCUUCGUGAUUGCUUCCUAGUAAUUCCUAGAAUACAAAUGAAGAUCGAUCUCGAAAUAGAGAAGCAAGUAGCAACGAAUAUCGGUCGUUUUUUUAAUAAAAAAAAAACGAUAUAUAAAUUAAUUAAUUUGUUAAAUAUAAUUUAAUUUAAAUCUUAA